CAUCACAAUCGCAGGUACACAGUUAUAGCCCUAUCAUCCUUUUUAGAGGCUUUUCAGAAACUGGCUGACCUUGCCCUGGACUCGAAGGGGGGCCCUAAGGAUAUAGGGUCGUCCCUGACGAGGCUGUGUAUGAGACACAAGCAGAUGGAGACACAACUUAAGCUGUGCAUUAACUCCUUGGGUGACAGUCUAGUGCUACCAAUCCAAGAAAAGAUGGAUGAAUGGAAGAAGAAUGUUGUUGCACUGGAUAAAGAACAUAGCAAGGAUUAUAAGAAGUUAUAUGGGGAGGUGAAAAAGUCCUCUGGUGAGUCCAUCAAACUGAAGAAAAAAUACAGUAAA